AGAGAUGGAAUGAACAUGGAGUAUUUCCAUUCUACUGAAUACUUCCACUCCUGAAGGAAAAUACUUUACAUUUUACUCCACUACAUUUAUUCUAUAACUUUAGUCACUUGUUGCUGUAUAUUGCAUGCUGCAUUUAUAAUUAAUUUAUUUGAUUGGUAAUUUGAUAAAAUAAACACUGAUUCCAGUAAUAAAUCAAUAAGAAAAAUGCUAAUAUCUUAGCUGAUAAUCAGCCGAUCAUGGAAAGCCAACUGAAAAAAUAUACUUUUUGACCAGUGAAAUUUAUUUAUGUUUUGUCUGAAAUGUAUUAUUUUUUUUUAGUGUCGAGUCGAGUGAGAAAACGUAUUUUUUCACCACUGAAUUUAUUUAUUUUUUUGUCAUUCAUUGAGCAAAGUGAAAUUAUUCUUUUCCUCAGAAAAUGUCAAUAUCUAAUCCAAUAAUCAGCCAACUACAGAGGCCCUGAGGGCAAAGGAAUUUUUUUUUAGGAUGCUCCUUUUUCUAAGUGGUAAAAAAUGUAUUCACAGUGAUUUUUUAUUAUUUUUUUUCAUGUCAAGGCCAGUGAAAAAUACGGAGGAGUAUUGGGGCCAGGGAUGAGGAAAAAAAAGGAGAAGGAAGUUUUUUUUUUAUUAUGAACUCCAAGAAAAAAAUUGAAAUGUCUUGAAAUUGUAUUUCGACUUUAUUCUCUACUUUUCUUUUUUCUGAGUUCAUUCUGAAAAUAAAAAAAACAACCUGCCAUUUUUUUGUAACGUAUGAAAAAAUACAUUUCACCCAUGAAAAAAAAUAUUUCACUCAGCUCGUUACGUGAAAAACUUUCGAACAUGAAUCGUGACCAGUUGAAAAAUGUAUUUUUCAUGUAUCGAGCUGACUGAAAACAUUUUUUGGAAACUGUAAGUAUCAGAAAAUACAGAUAUCUGUGUUAAAAUGUAUAAAUUGAAAGUAAAAAUAAACACUCAAAGCACAGAUUCUGAAAAAUCUGAUUAAGUACAGUAACAAAGUAUUUGUACCUCUGACUUGCACCCAGUGAUAUUUUAUCUUUACUCUUACUUCAAUAUGACACUUGCUACUUUUAAACACUGUUAAACAGAAAGGAGCUAAUGGCCGUGCAGAGCCAACAGUAUUAUUUGUUAAUGGAUAUCUCCAUGUCUAAAGGAUCGGGCUCCUGAAUGAAUGUGAAAGGCCCCGCGGGUUGACGGGACAAUGACCUUGGCUAAAUGUUUUUCUUUUUUCUGCCCUGUGAUGCUCUGAUGAUCAGAGGGGCUGUUCAGAUGCCUGGAGUGGUCAGGGGUCAUCAAAGGGCAGCUGUCCACUAUAAAGAGGCCUGGCUGGAGCUCCGUCUGCACAGAGCAUCAUUCCAGCCUGAAACCAGCUGGAGGAAGGAACCAACCAAGGAGAUCUUCCCUUUUCUGUCCCCACUGCUGGAGAAGAUUUUGUGUUUUUUAGUGAAAAUGGAAGUUUGGGUCCUGACAGUUUUCUGCAUGUUCCUCUUCUGCUCCUCUGGAGUUUUGUCUCUCUCCACUCAGGGGCUCAGAUAUCACGCCGGCCUCGAGGCCAGUUUAGCACUGAGAAAUCUGUCAGUGAAUCAUCGCAGCAGAUACCCGCUGUACAUGAUGCAGCUGUACCGCUCCUUCAGGAUGUCUGAGUCCUUCUCCUCAGUAGCUGUCGACGCCGUCAAGAUGCAAGGUGAAGACCCGUCAACGCAGCGCUCUGACUCAGUCCUGAGUCUGAUGGCCAGAAGCUGUCAUCAAGUGGGCGAACGGUGGACGGUCGCGUUCGACAUGUCGUCCGUCUCCACCAGCGAGCUCGUCCAGCUGGCAGAACUUCGGAUCAGACUGCCAGCUUUCUCCGGCUCGAAGCGCGCCACUGUGGAUUUGUAUCACUCCAGAAAGCAGAGCUGUGAUCAGCACAGCACCACAUGUCAGGAUGAGCUCCUUUUCCUGGGGAGCUUUGUCACUUCACCCAGCCACUCCAAGUCCUCCUGGAAGGUUUUUAACGUGACAGCCCUGUUGAAAUACUGGCUGUACCAGGGAGACGGAGUGUCACCACAGGAGGCCUCAGGAGAGCCUGACAUGGAGCCUGGGAGCGGCGCUGGAGAUGAAAGAGCGUCUCUCUUCAAGAAUAUGGGAUUGAGGCAAAGAAAAAUACAUCAUGCAACCACGAACCGGGUCAUGAUGAUCAUCUUCUCCAAAAACAAUCUGCCCCAGAAAGGCCAUGUAGCAUACAGCCUCAUCCAUACAGUGGAGAACUCCAAGUACGUGACCAAGGACAGAGCCAGCAGUGACAGUCACAGCCGACGCCACAAAAGGAACAGGGUGGAGAAGAUGAGGGUGACUGACGGAGAUUCAUCCACCGCUGCACCGGCAGCAGAGCCGCCCCAGCGGCCGCUGUGCCGCAGGGUGGACAUGUGGGUGGACUUCGAGCUCAUCGGCUGGGACGAGUGGAUCAUCCACCCAAAACGCUACAACGCAUUCCGCUGUGAGGGAGACUGUCCGACUCCGCUGGACGAGUCCUUCCAACCCACCAACCACGCGUACAUGCAGAGCCUCUUGCGACAUCACCACCCUGAGCGAGGGUCCUGCCCGUCCUGCGUGCCGACGCGCCUCAGUCCGCUCUCCAUGCUGUACUUCGAAAACGACGAUCUGGCCCUGCGGCAUCACGAGGAGAUGAUUGUUGAAGAGUGCGGCUGUCACUGAGGGCCAGACGCAAAGAGCAAACAUCGACUUAACUUUAAUUCAACUGUGUCUUUCUUGUGUCUUUAUAUAUUAAUGUUCAGAUGUUAAAUUCAGAGUUCUUUGUUUUGUUUUACUGCAUAAGAUGAGCUUAAAUAAAAAUAUGUCAUCGAUGCUAAGUGAUACAGAAAAGCUCCAUUAUAUA